AGAAUCUCUCUUAUACCCUUCAUCGUGCUCUGCCAUAGUUUCUGUUGGAGGACUGAUCUGAUCCACCAACCGUGGGACUAGAUUGGGAGCUCUGGCUAUGCGGCAGACUUGUUAUUUGGAGCUUGCCGCUGUGAAUGUUGACCUGUUUUGCCUAGAGUCGAGGAGGAUGAGGGGGGAUGUUGUUGACGCCUUGAAAAAAUGCGCGGAGGCGCUUCAACAUGGGAACUCGAGACUUGCAAACGCAGAGAUGGGAAGAGUUCUUGAUCUUGCUGAAGAGGAAACCAAUCCUAGAACUAGAAGAUUGAUCAGAUAUUUUGCACAAGCUCUCGCUUGCCGAGCCUAUGGACUUCAUCCUAAAUACUGGAAGCAUAGGAUGGGUGAAUGUUAUGACUUUUUUUAUAGCGUAGCUUGGGCUCUUGCAGAUGUCAUCAAGGGAAAACGCAAAGUACAUGUUAUUGAACUUGUCAAGGACAUGAUUAUUUAUAAGCAAUGGCUAUCCAUUUUUUAUAUGGUUAACCGCGGUGGCCUGACGCAUUUAAGUUUCGCUGACAUUGAUGUGUCUUUGCUGGAGAUGCGGGAUGGCGAAUUUGUGGCUGUGAAUUGCAUGCUUGUAUUCAGCAAAAUGUUAUCGGAGGCAUUAGCUCUGAAGAAGCUGUUACUAAGGGUGAGGGAUGUCAUGAGAGCGGAUAUUAUGAUUGUUGCAGAGCAUGAUGCUAACCUCAAUCAGUCUGAUUUUUUAUUGCGGUUUGAUGAAUCACUUAAAUAUUACUCUUCUGAAGUCCAAGAACUAAAGAAAUAUGAAUUUGACAUUGAGGCGUAUUAUAGAUAUCUAAUAUGCAACGUGGUGGCAUGUGAGGGUAGCAACAGGGUGGAGCGGCGCCAGACGUGGGCUCAAUGGAAAUCCUUGCUUUUUCGUUAUGGAUUUUCUAUUUUUAAUCUUUCUACUGAUUUCGAUGAAGAACGUCUUUCGAUUGAGUGGGAAAGUGGUAUCGUGGUGGGCAGAACUGAAACAAAGAAGCGGCCAUUAUUUUUCAUUUCUGCUUGGAAAACAUCAACAUUCCCCUUCAAAUCAUCGGGCUCUAAUGAAGGUGAGUAUCUUCUACCGAGUUAAACUGGCCCCUCAACACUCACCAAAAAUAUUUACUUAUUUUCGAUUCCACAAGGUUUAUAUCAUACAUCAUACACAGCUGUAGGGGCUUUGAACUUGUAACGCAGAACAUUUUUUUAGAUACUUUGAAAAAAAAAGUUUGUUUUGAGACCAAACAUUACAUUUGAUGUAUUUGGAGUCAGUAAAAAGAUUUGAGACUU